GUCGACGGAAAAGGUUCCCUGUCAACGACGUGUGCGAUCGUCACGGCUCGGUGAAACCCGAAGAUGUGACCGUUCGCUUUGUACCGUGUUCCUCGCGAAACGUGAUCGCUGACGGACCGACGAGGUUGCAACUUGUUCCGAUCGCGGAAAUCGGUAUGCCUCCCCUGCAUGGAUUAACGUGAUCGAUGGUGAUCGAUGUACCUACGCGGCCAGUUCGACGGUGAUAUAGUGCGAGACUGUGCGCCGAUACCAUCGAUAAACGAACGGUGAUCGACGCUGAGCUGCGGCAAUUUACCAUAUCGUAAUCAGUGUCACGUGGACUAAGUGACACGUGACUGCUACUGACUGAUUUGAUAUCUGAUUCCUAGGGGGUUCUAGGGAACUGUUGCGGAAAUUACGGAUUAUGUGGCUGAGGUUCCAAGUGCGGAAUGCAACAGCUUGCAGGUCAGACGUUUGUGAUAACUCAGGUUGUUUCGCAAGAAGCGAGACAAAAAAUAAUCAGUGAACUUUCGGAUCAUAAGUCAGAGAGGUCAGCUUCGAGUUUCAUCAAAACAUUCUGUGAUUAGUAUGAAGUGAGCAGAACUGAGAGUUACAAGUGAUCAAGGUCUCAAGUCUUGAAAAUAUUUUGUGAUGUAUUAAAAUAGUGAAAGUAUUUGCAUCUAGCUAAGUGGAUCUUCGGAUUUAGUGUGACACUCAUUAAUGUUCGAAGUAAGGAUACAAAGUGCGACAUCUUGGCCAGAGUGUGAAAAGGUUCAUAUUUUGUGAUUAAUUCAUAACGGUUUAAUUGAAGUGACAGUACCCUCGGGAACUCAAUAUUUAAGAGGGAUCUAGGGAAGGAGAGCAAACACAUCCGUGGAUUAUUGUUCUUGAAGUUCCGGAGGCAGAAAAAUGAUGUGACUUUGUGACUAAUUCAUGAGAGUCUAAUUAAAGUGACAUCAGAAAUACCCGUAGAGGUUCUGCAUUUAACGAGAAGGAACGGCAAAUAUUGUUCUUCGUCUUUCGAAAUUAAAAACGAUAAUUGAUAUUCGAUAAGGAAAAGUCUAGUCCGAGUACUUUGUAAUUAAUACAAAAACGACUUAAUUAAAGUUUCAUUGUUGAACAACAUUUAACAAGGAAGCAAAGAAGUUGCAAACAGGAACUUGUUCUUCAAGUUCUUGCAGGUCUGAACAAAAGCGAAACAAGUACUCGUAUUCUUCGAGUUAAUACAAGAACGACCUAAUUAAAGUUAUAUCGUUUAAUAACAUUCGAAAAGAAGAGUGAAUUGGAGCUUCAUUGAGCUUCAGGUUCUUCCAGAACAAAGGAGGUGUAUGUUAAUACAGACGUCGCUUCAAAAAGUGUAAGAGGGAGUGUAACAUCGCUCGGAGAAAAGUGCAAACAUCGAGCGGUGUUUAGGUUCUACUUGAUAUAAGAGAAAGAGCGAAGCAGAUGUUAAUAUAACAGCCACGUAAUUGCAGGGAUAUUGAAGAAGUGUAACUUCUGUCAGGAAGUGUAAACACGGAGAUCGAACAGUUGAGUUUUACUUGAUAUAAGAGAAAGAGCGAGAGUACAUCGAUGUUAAUAUAAGUCACGUUGAAGAGUGACAUCGUUCAAAAGGAAGUGUAACGUCAGUAGAAGACGUAUGACGUUAGUCAACAAGUGUAAACGGGACGAUUGAGGAGUGAUUAAGUUCUACUUGAUAUAAGAGAAAGAGUGAAACAGCUCAUUGAUGUUAAUACAAAGGCUACAUAAUUGUAGACAUAUUGAAGAAGUGUAACGUCAUCAAAAAGUGUAAACAGGAGUAUCGAGCAGUGCUUAAGAGCUGUACUUGAUAUAAGAGAAAGAGCGAAACUGCACAUUCAAGUUAAUCUAACAACUACAUAACUGAAGUCAUAUUGAAGGAGAAGUGUAACGUCACCAAAAAGUGUAAAUAGAAGUAUCGAACAGUGUUUAAGAGUUAUACUUGAUAUAAGAGAACAAGCGAAGCAGCACAUCCAACUUAAUCUAACAGCUACAUAAUUGAAGUCACACUGAAGGAGAAGUGUAACGUCACCAAAAAGUGUAAACACGAAUAUCGAACAGUGUUUAAGUUCUACUUGAUAUAAGAGAAAAAGCGAAACAGCACAUCGACGUUAACAUAACAACUACAUAAUUGAAGAUACAUCGAAGAAGAAGUGCAACAUCAUCAAAAAGUGUAAACAAAAAGUCAAGCAGUGUUUGAGUUCUACCUGAUAUAAGUGAAACACGCUACUUGAAGACAUAUUAAAAAAGUGUAACAUCAAUAAGUUUAACAAUUCAAGUGAACAUCAAAAAAAAGUGCAAGACCUACAGUGUUCAAGUCCAAAUAAAAAAAAGUUCACAUCAAACAAAAAACUUAAGUCACAUUCGCUGAAAGAGAUCCGAUUAAAAAGGUACAUAAAUCCGGAGUAACAGAAAUGAUCUUGUUCUAAAGGUAGAGUCAGAAUAAUCUUGAAGAAGCAGUAAACAGAAGGAUGCGUACGAACGGAAUAAUUCAUGGCGUAGGCCGAUAGCCAGGCAGAAGGACACUCAUAGCGGAUAAUUAAUCCGGCUACUAAUUAGUCGCGGAGCGUCGCGCGACUGGUCUAAAGAGACAAAUACGCGCGGGAAGCGUCGCUGAUUAAAACUCACCGGUGGAUGACCCGGAAGGAUACGGAUGAAAGGCUGGGCUAAUGAGAACAGGGAAACGCCUUGAUACCUUGUAAGAAAGUGACAGGACAAGUUACAUCCUCCUCCCGUGUCACCUUGACCUGCCAUAAUCCCUGCCUUUGCUACCCUUAAUCUUCCAAACAACGUCCUUGACUUUGCAACGUCCUAAUCCUCUAAACGCAUUUGGCAAACCUUGCGUUUGCGGCAUAUGCGAAUAGAACCGCAAUCCUUGAUUUUGCAACUUUGCCACAGUCAUAUUGCAACCUUGAUAUUUUCUUAAUCUUUGCUACCUUGUGAGAAUUCCAUAAACGUCCUUCAAUUUGCAACCUUGACAUUCUGCUGACAUUCUUGAGUAACACUGACGUUCGUGUGGGAACAUUGCAACAUUGUGAGAAUUUGCAACAUUACAAUUCUGUAACCAUUUUUUGAAGCCUUGUCACAAUCCGAACCUUGUCUUUCAAACCUUACAAUUCUAUGAACGUGCAACCUUUAAAAUCCUAUGAACGUCUUUGCAACCUUGUUAUAAUCCUAUGAACGUCCUUGCAACCUUGUCACAAUCCCCCGAACCUUGCCUUUCAAACUCCACAAUCCGAUGAAUGUCUUUGCAACCUUGUUAUAAUUCUAUGAACGUCCGUGCAACCUUGUUAUAAUCCUAUGAACGUAUUUGCAACCUUGUUGCAGUCCUAUGAACGUCCCUGCAAUCCUGUCAUAAUCCUAUAAACUACACCUCAAUUUGAACCUUUAACUUUGCAACUGUGAACGCUUCUUUGCAACUCUGAACCUUGCACUAAUCCCGUAACCAGUGUCUGUGCAAUCUUGUGGCUUCGUCCGAAUAUCCGAACUGUUUUAAAUUUUUGUGGAAUUUCUGGACUUGAUCAAGGAUUCUGAGGACUCUGUUAACGGACUCAAGGUGUAAAUGAUAUCGUACAGUGGACUUUCACGGGGUUCGUUCAGGUUGUCAGAUGUCGAGAGUACGAUGAAGUCGAGUGGCUCGAGUGCCACUUCGAUCGGUGAUUCGUGGAAAUCCAGGUGUGGAAAGUGUUCGAGGAAAAUGCGGAUCCUUUCGACGAUCUUGCUGCUCUGCUCCGUCUUGAGGACAGGAACGAGUCUUCAACUGCUUCGACUGGACGUACCCAGUAUAGCAGAUCCGAGGUGGGACAAAGUGGUUCUGAGGUGUGAAUACGACUUGGGCGGUGAGGAUUUGUACUCAGUAAAGUGGUACAAGGACGGAUGUGAGUUCUUCAGGUAUAUGCCUGACUCUAAACCCCCUGGUCGCGAGUUCCCCGUCCCUGGUGUCCACGUCGACCUAAAUAAAAGCGACAACAAGCAAGUGACGCUGUUUGGACAGAACAGUCUAAUUCGCGCAGGUAAGGUGAACCUCGCGGGAUCUUAUGGCUGCGAGGUAUCCUCAGAGGCGCCGAGUUUCCAGACGAUCUACGGCGAGGCGAACAUGAGCGUUGCCAUACCUCCGAAGGAACCACCGAGUCUUCAUGGUCUUCGACCGUCUUACGAGGCCGGUGAGACUCUGUUCGCUGAGUGCACCUCGGCGCCGAGCUACCCUCCGGCGCUCCUUGCUUUCAUCCUCAACGGGAAAGAGGUGAACAAAGCGUUGACCAAAGAACUGCCAAGCGGAUCGACGUCGGAGGAGAGCAUGGUGUCGUCGUCGCGUCUGCGUUUGACGUUACGCUUAGAGCGACAUCAUUUCCCGGGCGGAACUUUAAGUUUGAGCUGCCAGUCGACGUUGCCAGGAGUCGCAGGCACCAGGCCGUUAGAGAGGACAGAAACCGCGACUUUGGCUGCCAACAAUCAAAGACUCGCGCAAGAACCACCGAGAUCAGCCGCCGGCUUACACGGACCCUUAUCAGCAAACAUAGUCUGCAUCAUGGCCAUCCUACGUUCGGCUUCGUUGUGGUAAUUUAGCACCUAUGCAUGUUUAAUAUUUAACAAAGAAUAUGGACAAGCUCAAAUUGUAUCGAAUUUCGCUCACGUUUUUGCAGUCGUUAUGUUUGCGAGGAGCAUUGGCGUAAGUAGGGGAACGCGUUGACUGUUCAUGUGUGAUCGGUUUUGGUUACAUUAUUUUUUGAGAAAUGUAAUUGUACACUUGAGGUUUAUGUUGGAACACUGAUAAUGAGUUAAAAAAUUAAGUUAUGAAAUUGAGUACUCUUGUUCGGAUGUCAUGUGUGACUGUCACGUGUGAGUCACAUAUGUGACCGGUAUUGCAAGAUCAGUUAAAUUAAUUAUUUAUGUGAAUUAUAAAUGAAAGGAACAAUUGAUGUACAGGAAUGUAAAGGAACUAUGAUAUACCCUAAAAGUUUAAAAAAUUAAUUUAGAAGUUUGAGUAUUCUUGCUCUUAUAUCAUAUGUGACAUAUGUGACCAGCAUACCAAGUUCAGUUAAAUGAAUUAUCUGCAGAAAAAGCAAACUUAACAUAUGACAUUAAUGUCGAGACAUUGAUAUACAAUGGAUCUAACGAUGAACUUGAACGGUUAAGUACAUUUGUUCAUAUGUGACAUAUGUGACAUAUGUGACAUAUGUGAAAGGUACUGCGAGUUCAGUUAAAUUGACCAUAUACAUAUAACAUUUUAAAGGACUAAUGGAUUAAAAAUGAGGAAUAAUAAUUAAGUUCUUGUUCGCGUGUCAUAUGUGUCAUAUGUGACACAUGUGACAUAUAUGGCAUAUGUGAACAACAGUGCUACUUCAAUUAAAUACACACAGGACUUCAAAGGAUUAAUACAUUAAAAAAUGAAGUUGAAUAAUUAAGUACUCUUAUUUUUAUGUCAUAUGUGACAUAUAUGACAUAUGUGAGACAGUGAUAGAUCAAAUUGUAAAAUUAAGUAACUUUUUAAUAAUCUAUGUUACAGUGUAUAACUUUUCACUGUGGCAGUCAACGUGUUAAAAUACAAAUUAAACCCUAUCGGAAACUAUUGUGAUUAAUAAAAAAAAUCGUUGUAU